GAAGCUACAUGUGUGCUCAGCAGGCAGUCAGACAGUUCUGAGGGUGAGAGCAACAGAUGCACGAUGGCUCAACUCAGAUGGAUUCAAGGGUUUUUAUUAAUGAUCCUGCAGCUCACAGUCGCUGCAGAUCUAACAUCUGUUUUAAAGAGAGCUGGAGAUGAAGUCACAUUGAAAUGUUCAACAGUGAUUGAUGGUCAGCAGAAGUGUAGCAGCACUACAUGGACCUUCGAUGAUUCAAGAAACAGAGCAUUAAUAGAGCUGGUUGAACUCGGUCAGAUUAAUAAUGACAUCACUAAAGCAGACAGACUGAGUCUAACAGCAGACUGUUCUCUGGUUAUAAAGAAGGUCAGAGAGGAAGAUGCUGGACGUUAUUACUGUCAACAAUGGAAAUAUAGAGGGGCAGACAAAUCGGUUUAUGAGACUGCUGUAGAUCUGUCUGUUCUUAACUUGAUUAAACAGAAGGAGAAUCAGAGGGUGACAUUAAGCUGCUCUGUGGUGACCUCUGACCUCUGUAGAUACAAAGUGAAGUGGUUUAAUCAGGAUGUGGGCAACAAAGAACCACCAUUAGAGACUGGCUGCUCUGCUACUGUCUCUUUAUCAUCAGGGUCUGAGUUACCUCAGUGUAAAGUGACUGAUACUGUUACUGAUGAAGAGUUUACCUUCAGUCUUCAGUCCUCAGAAAAAUCAGGAGGAAAAGUUCAACCAACAAACAACCCUGGAAACAAAAACUCAAAGACAACCAGACCAGAAAAAGAAAAUGUUUCAACGACCUUUCAAGAGAAGCCAGCAAGCCAGUCCUAG